AAAAACGUCGGCGAGCGUGCACGCGGCCGAUUCACAGCCGAGACCGAACUUAUCGCCUCCUCACCGCUCUUUACCUUGAGUUUCUCUCUCGUUCCCCACCCUGGAUAAUGCGCGACGAGCAACACAUUCAGAUAUAAAAGCGAACUUAACGGGGGUGUCGGAUCCAGUCGCUCGCGUGUGGACGACUAGGCGGGGACGAGGCAAAAGGAGGUCCAUCCUUCGCGGUGCCGGUGGCUUUGCGUCUGGAAAUCUCGGAGCUCCUUGCGGCCCUUGAAGACGAAAGGGCAAGGGACCUCGAGCAAGGAGAACCAAGAGGCGCGAGAAGAACCCCCUCCCCCGGAUUUCAGCGAUUAAUGAUUAGGAAAGAGAAGACAUCGGUGCGUCGCGUCCUCCAAGGAUAAUAGAUCCCCGGCCCCUAGGAUGAUCUCCGCGUGGAAAGCAUGCUGCAGCCGACUGCCGCAACGAUGGAUAUUCGCUAUCAUGGGAUUUUUGGCGGUCCUGAAUGCCUAUACCAUGAGAAUCUGCCUCUCGAUCACCAUUACGGAGAUGACGAUUCCGAUAGAUCACAAUUACACAGACAGUAGUUGUCCGGACAAUAUAGAAUCUGAGGCAAACAAUACGACGGUCGAUACGACCGAUCGAUACGACUGGGAUGAACGUACGCAGGGCCUCAUUCUUUCGUCCUUCUACUGGGGGUACGUCAUCACGCAUCUGCCGGGCGGGAUGCUGGCUGAGAGGUUUGGCGGCAAGUACUCCCUCGGUCUUGGUAUGCUCUCGACCGCGAUAUUUACCCUGCUGACGCCGGUGGUGGUCAAGUGGGGCGAGGCGACCGGUCUGGUCGUGCUGCGAAUCCUCAUGGGCCUCGGCGAGGGCACGACCUUCCCGGCGUUGAACGCAAUGCUAGCUCAGUGGACGCCGCCGGAGGAGAGAUCGGUAAUCGGCUCGCUGGUGUUCGCCGGUGCCCAACUCGGCACGGUGUUCGCCAACUUAUUGUCCGGCCUGAUCCUGCACGACUACAGCUGGCCCGCCGUCUUCUACGUGUUCGGAGGCAUUGGCGUGUUGUGGUUCGUCACGUGGGUGCUGAUCUGUUACAACAACCCGGACGAGCAUCCGUUCAUCUCUGAAAAAGAGGUCAAGUUCCUGCACGAUCGUAUGAAUGAGCACACUCAUAAGAAACCACCGUCCGUGCCCUGGCGACACAUGCUGCGCUCGCUACCCGUCUGGGCCCUAAUCGCCGCCCAGAUCGGCCACGACUGGGGCUUCUUCACCUUGGUCACCGAUCUACCCAAGUACAUGAGCAGCGUACUCAAAUACCCCAUCAAGAGCAACGGCUUCGUCUCGGCGUUGCCCUACCUCGUCAUGUGGUUCAGCAGCAUAGGCGCGUCUUGGCUGGCCGACUGGAUGAUCACCAGGGGCGUCAUGUCGCGCACCAACGUGAGGAAACUCGGCACCACAAUCGCCUCCAUAGGCCCGGGCGUCUUCAUCAUUGGCGCCUCGUACGCCUCGUGCGACCGAACGCUGGUGGUGGCCAUGUUCACCAUCGGCAUGGCUCUAAUGGGUACCUUUUACCCCGGGAUGAAAGUCAAUGGACUGGAUCUCAGCCCCAAUUACUCCGGCACCCUGAUGGCGUUGGUGAACGGGAUAGGCGCUUUCACCGGUAUCUUCACGCCGUACAUCGUCGGCGAGGUGGCGUCCGAGCAAACGAUGAUGCAAUGGCGAACCGUCUUCUGGAUCGUCCUGGGUGUCUUCAUCCUGACGAACAUCAUCUUUGUCCUGUACGCCAGCGGGGAGGUUCAAUACUGGAACGAUCCCGAUUUCGUCAUACAGGAUCGGGAGGAGAGGCGGCGCAAGAAAGAGGAGGAAAAGGCGGAAUCGGGGGAGAAAUCAUGAAAAUGUUGCUAACGACGCUUUUCCUCGCGGUGCCCCAGAGAGUGUUGGGCUCUUAACAAACAUAGCCGGACUUGUUGAUAAUCUCGUGAUCAUCCCGAGACAUUGUAUUUCCUCGACAGACGCAUUCUCAAGGCCCGCCUGUCAUUUCGCCUUGACUUUCAACGAAGAUCUCACAUCCGCGUGAAGGAAAGAUGCCGGAGAAAGACGCGCGUCGACACCUCUCGCGCAUAAUCCUUGAAUAGUAAUUUACGCGCGACAUUAAAGUCACGCGGUGCCGGAAUGCAUCUCGAGUUCACAUUAGACCGUAUCGCUCAAUGCGCCGGCGACAUUUACGCAAGCCGAGCCUUUUUCGUCGUGAAAGGAGAAACUGUAAAUUGAAGCCGAUAGAUCAGUAGCGAUUGUACAUAUUAAGGAUUAAGUAAAAUGUAUAGUAUAAUUUUAAUUUAAUUGAAUAAAACACUAAUUGCGCAUCUC